CGAGAAAACACGCCGCGCCACGCCUUUAGGUCAGCGUAGAAAGGAAACCAGCGGUCAGCGACGGUCGCUUGCGCUCUCUCCCUCUGUAGCGGACGGCGACGGCCACGAGCAGUAUCGAACCCGCGCCAAAGAAGAUGGAGCCAGAGAGCGAACCAGACAUUUCGUUGCCAUAAAUCCCCAAUUUCAACGUCGCCGCUGCUUCCACUACCAAGUCAACCGUCAAACUCAUAUAGCUUUUUCUACAAACCUACCCUCUGACAUGAUAUACACGUUCAAUUAUUGAUCUCUUCUUGAAAAAUAUCCUGUGGAGAGUUUGGAUCUUCUUCAGUAUUGGAGUUCUUUUGGGAAAGUGAUUGAGGAGCAGAUAUGGCUGAAUUCCUGUGGACUUUUGCUGUGCAAGAAGUGUUGAAGAAAGUACUGAAACUUGCAGCUGAGCAAAUUGGUGUGGCAUGGGGCUUAGACAAGGAGCUUUCCAAAUUGAGGAAGCGGUUGCUCAAGGCAGAAACCAUUUUAGGUGAUAUUAACAGAAAAAAAUUACGCCAUGAAUCUGUAAGGCUGUGGGUAGAGGAUCUUCAACAUCUUGUUUACCAAGCCGACGAUCUGUUGGACGAGCUUGUUUAUGAAGAUCUUCGACGAAAAGUGGAAAUAGAAAAGAUAAACAAGGUGCGCAAUUUCUUUUCACUCACCAAUAAUCCCUUUCUGUUCCGUAGCAAGAUGGCCAACAGUAUGAAAGCCAUUAGUGAAACUUUGUAUCAACAUUACUACGAGGCUAGUGCUUUAGGACUGGUUGGUGAGGAAACCACAGAAACAGAUAAUAAGAAUAUUCUUAAGCAGAUUCGAGAGACAACUUCAAUUCUUAAUUUUGAAGUUAUAGGAAGAGAAAUUGAAGUUCUGAACAUAGUGAAACUUGUGAUUGACUCGAGCUAUGAACAUCGUAUGUCGAUCAUACCCAUUGUGGGUAUGGGUGGACUUGGGAAAACAACUUUGGCAAAGAUGGUCUUCAAUCACGAGUUGAUUAAAGAACAUUUUGAUAAAUCUAUAUGGGUAUGUGUUUCUGAAUCAUUUAUUAUUAUAAAUAUUUUGGAAGGGAUCUUUCAAAGUCUAACGAAUACUUCAAGUGGCUUGAACUAUAAGGAGACCUUACUUCAGAGGCUUCAAAAGGAAAUGCAAGGUAAAAAAUAUUUUCUUGUUCUUGACGAUGUUUGGAACGAAGAAGUUAGUUUAUGGGGUGAGUUAAGGGAUUGUUUAAAUGAGAUUGCUGGAAAAUCUGGAAAUAGUAUAAUUGUAACCACGAGGAGUAUAGAAGUUGCAACUAUCAUGAUGACAGUUCCUAGUCAUCAUAUAAGAAAAUUAUCAGAUGAUGAAUGUUGGACCUUGUUCAAGGAGAGUGCAAAUGUAAAUAGAUUAUUAAUGAAUCCAGAGUUGGAGAUCAUUCGAGAAGUGGUUGUCAAAAAAAUUGGUGGAAUACCACAAGUUGCAAAAGUUUUAGGAGGGGCAGCGAAGUUUGAAGGAAACUAUGAGAGAUGGGUAACUGCAGUUGAAAGUAUAGUAAGAAAUAUUUCAAAUGAUGACAAAGACUUUGUUAUGUCCACAUUAAAACUAAGUGUGGAUUUUCUACCACUUCUUUCAUUAAAGCAAUGUUUUACAUUUUGUUCAAAUUUUCCAAAAGAUUGGGAAUUUGUUAAAGAAGCCUUAAUUCAAAUGUGGAUUGCACAAGGAUUUAUUCAACUACAAGAAGGAGACGACGUAACGUUGGAGAAUAUAGGAGAAGAGUACUUUAAUUUCUUGUGGUCUCGCUCCUUAUUUCAAGACAUCUCUAAGGAUAUGAACGGGACAAUUACUCACUUUAAAAUGCAUGAUCUAAUACAUGAUGUUGCUUGUAUUAUUUCAAAUCAAAGGUUGGAAUUCGAUCCUUGUAAUAGGAGUGAAAAAGGUGUAAGAAAGUUACGCACGUUAGUUAUCAAUGACGAGGCGACAAUUCAUAAGAAGUUGGAGGAUUUUGUUUAUUUGCGUGUUUUAGUAAUGCAUUUAGAUGGUACCCGAAGCCUUUUAUCAGAUUAUUCAAUUGGUAUGAAUUGGUAUGUUAAAGCAUUUGAGGUAUCUUGACAUUAGAGAGUAUAGAAUAGGGAGGCUGCUUCCAGAAUCUAUUACUAUGCUUUAUAAUUUGCAAACACUAAAACUUGGAAUAAGAUUAGAUCUUCCAAAGAAUUUGAGAAAAUUGGUCCGGCUAAGACAUUUGGAUUUCUACAUUUACAGCAUCCAAAUGCCUUUAUAUAUGAGUCAAUUGAUUCAUCUUCAAACAUUUCCUGCAUACUUGGUAGGUUUUGAGAAAGGUUGUAUAAUUGAAGAACUUUGACGUUUAAAUGACCUUAAAGGGUCAUUGCAACUUUUAAAUCUCGAGCGAGUGAAAAGUAAAGAAGAAGCGGUAGCUGCAAAGUUGACGGAAAAAAGGAACUUAUGUGAACUAACCCUUGGUUGGAAUAUUUCCUCUGAAAAAGAAGAUAACAGUCGCAAUGACUUGGAAGUGCUGGAAGGACUUCAACCACACAAAAAUCUUCGAUCAUUAUCUAUUUUUAACUUUGGCGGACAAGUUUUGCCUACUGGUGUUUUUGUUGAAAAUUUGGUUGCAAUAGUUCUACACGAAUGUCACAAAUGUGAAGUGCUUCCAAUGCUAGGCCAAUUACCAAACCUGGAAGAACUCAACAUUUGGUCUUUGAAUAGUGUGAGAAGUAUAGGAAGUGAGUUCUAUGGCAAUAACUCGAACCCAAGGGAACAAAUAUUCUUUCCCAUGUUGAGGGAACUUUCCUUCAGUCGCAUGCAAAAGCUUGAGCAGUGGGAAGAGGUAUCAUCAGAUGGCAUUGCUUUUCCUCAUCUUGAAGCCUUAUCUAUGGUCACUUGUUCCAAACUAAUGAGAAUUCCAGAUCAGUUUGUAUCUCUUCGAUUUCUGAGAAUUGUGGGAUGUGAAGAAUUGAGGAAAUUGCCAAGUAAAUUAGAAUGUUGCAAUUCCAUCGAGUCUCUGAUUAUUUCUGGUUGUCCAAAUUUGAGGCUGAAUGUGGAUAAUAUGUGCAAUUUGAAGGAAGUAGAGAUUGUUGGACGCGUGCAAGAGUACGAUUGUUGAACUGCAACCCCACUUCCUAUACAGCUUCAGCAUCUCGUAACCUUGAAAGCCUUAACAAAAGAAAUCUUUAAUGGUAUUGAAGCUCGGAAUGGUUGGAAAAGCUUGCAUCUUUGGGAACAUUGGGUGUUUUUAUUGCGAUAAUUUGAAACGAUUACCUUCGCAACAAGCCACGCUACUACUCGGCCAAGGCGAUGCAGAGGGGGCCAAACUUUCACAUCUUCCCAUCGACACAAUUGAUUGGAAAGACUUUUCAUCUGUGGAAACUUUGGAUAUUGUCCAUUCGAAUAUUUGGAACAAAUGCCUUCUAGAGAAGGCAGGUCAAACUUUUCCAUCUUUGGAUAAAUUGUGUUGAGGUACCAUUCUUAACCUUUUAUUGUUAUGUUUUGCUUUCCGGAUGAGUGAAUUGAUCAGCUUUAGUUAAAUUUUUUCAUACAACUUUUUUUCUUUUUUUAGUUUAACAGUGUUUUGAGUUGUGGAUUUGAACAUCUAACUAUGUAUAAUGGUUUGUAAUUUUCCCAUUUAAAGAUUAUGUGUAUGUUUUUUCUUUUUUUGUGAUUGUCACUUGGAGAAAGGGUUAGUAUUAUUGAGUAGUUUUUAUAUAACAAUAUAACAUAUAUGUUCAUGUUGUAAGUGUCUUUUUUUUUGUUUCCCUCAAAAGGAACGAUCAAUUCACCAUUCUUUCUUCAAAUUUACUUAAUAAUACUAACCCAUUCUCUAAGUGACAAUCACAAAGGCGGCGUGGCUCAUGAACAUCGCUCUCAGUAAGGCCUGCCGGUGACAAAAGUUGUUCAAUUUUCUACGCAUCUCAAGGAAAUUAGUUCGACUCAUUGUCGCAGAGAAGGUAACAUAGUAGUUCAUGAAGCGGCAAAGGCGGCGGUGGAUGAAGAUCUCACUGCUGUUUGGCUGGAAGAGGCCCCAUCUACAUUGCAUCAUGUUCUCCAAGAGGAUCUAGGGCACAUAUCGGAUCGAGGGGUUCAUUUAUUUUGAUCCUGUGUUUUUUUGUUUUUGUUCUUUUUGCUAUUAUGUCAAACGAAAAAAAGUGACAAUCACAAAAAUGACAUAAGAAGAAAGAACCAAAUUAAAAUUUUUGUUAUGUUUUGCUUUUUGGACAAGUGAAUGGAUGCUUUUGUAGGUUUUAUGCUAAACUCACGGUUUGUAAAUGUAAAACAAAUAUUUAUUCAAUAAAGAUGGUAUUGAAGUUCUUUUA